AUGGGUCUAAUCGACAAACUCCAAGCAAAACUCGAACUCUACCGCCUCGAGCAAAAGUACGCCCGCCGCAAGAACCGCACUCAAUUCAGCACGGGCGCCCAAUACGUCGACGGCGAAUACAUUUAUAAUGACCAGUACAGUUCUGCCGUGUCGUCCAAUUCGACGGGCGGAUCGCAGCGAUCCGGUAAGAAGAGACGAGAGGUUGUGUGGAAUCCGGACGAACUCGUGCAUGGUUAA